GGCGGACACAGCAGAGCUGCGCCUCCUCCAGGACCUGAGCCGCGCCCUCCGCUCCACCUCCGCCCGCUAACCCCGGCCCUGCGCGGCAUGCUCUGGGUGCUGCUCCUCGGCGUGCUGGCCCUGGCCAGCCUGGGGCUCCCAGCACCAGCGCACCCGCGGCCCAGCGGCAGCCAGUGUGUGGAGCGCGAGUGCUUCGCGCUCUUCCACGGCCCCGCGAUCUUCGCCGAAGCCAGCCUAGUCUGCGAGCGCCUGGGCGGGCACCUGAUGACCGUGCGCUCCACAGUGGCUGCCGAGGUCAUCUCUUUGCUCCUGAGCGGCGACAGCGGCACGAGCCCGAGCCUCUGGAUAGGCCUGCAGCGCCCACAGGGCUGUGGGGGACCCGGGCCACUUGGGACCCUACGCGGCUUCCAGUGGGUGACUGGAGACAAUCACACCAGUUACAGCAGGUGGGCGAGGCCCGACAGCGACGGUGAAGGUGCGCCCCCCUGCGGCCCUUUGUGCGUCGCCGUUUCGGCUGCAGCUAUGGGGACUGGCGACCCCGCCUGGGAAGCGCAGCCCUGUGACACGGAGGUGGCUGGCUUUCUGUGCGAGUUGCACUUCGAAGCCUCCUGCAGGCCUCUGGUGGUGGAGGCCCGUGGGAGCCUCGUCUCUGUCACCUACAGCACCCCAUUCGGGGCGCAAGGCGCGGACUUCCAGGCGCUGCCGGUGGGCAGUUUGGCCGAGGUGGCUGUGCUCGGGUUGCAGCUGGAGUGCGCGGCCCAGCCUGAGGAUGUGGAGGGGCGCUGGAGGCGAGAGGCGCCGGGUGCCUGGGACUGCACCUUGGAGAACGGCGGGUGCGAGGACAGGUGCGACGAAAGCGCGGGGGCGCCGACCUGUGUCUGCCUCCACCAUGCCGUGCUGCAAGCUGACGGGCGCUCUUGUGCCGCCGCCGCCACCGCCACCUCCACCGCCGCCGCCGCCGCCGCCACCGCCGCCGCGCCCUCGUGCAGCAACAGCUCCUGCGAGCACUUCUGCGUGAGUGACCCGGCCGCGCCGGGCUCCUACUCCUGUAUGUGCGCCACUGGUUACAAGCUGGCUGCCGACCAGCACUCGUGCGAGGACGUGGACGACUGCGCACAGGUGCCCCACGUGUGCCAGCAGCUCUGCGUCAACACCGACGGUGGCUUCCAGUGCAUGUGCGACGCAGGCUUCGAGAUGGUGGAUGGCGAGUGCGUGGAGCUGCUGGACCCCUGCUACGGGUCGGACUGUGCGUACCAGUGCCAGCCCUUGGGCCCGGACAAGUACGAAUGCAUCUGCGCCGAAGGCUUCAGGCCCAUCCCAGAGGAUCCGAGCAACUGCCAGCUGUACUGCAAUGAGACCCAGUGCCCCGCUGACUGCGACCCCCACAGCCCAAACUACUGUAACUGCCCCGAAGGCUUCAUCCUGGACGAGGGUAACGUGUGCGUGGACAUUGACGAGUGCGAGCAGGGCAACUGUGGGCAGCACGAGUGCCACAACUUGCCGGGCAGCUAUAAGUGCAUCUGCGGGCCUGGCUCCCCACUCGAGGGCCAGGAGAGCCUGGACUGUGACAUCCCCCCCACCCGAAAGACAAAAGUGGUGACCUUCGGGGUGGAGGAAGGCUCUGGGGAGGACUUGGACAGCCCCACGCCAGAGCCUUCUCUGAGCACCCCAGCUGCAGGGCCAGUGCAUUCCGUCGUGAUCAUAGGCACGUCCAUCGGCACCCUGUCCCUUGUGGUGGCGCUUCUGGCACUCCUUUGUCACCUUCGCAAGAAACGGGGCUCAGCCCCCCGCGGGGACUUGGAAUACAAAUGUGCAGCCCCCACCUAAUCCUUCGCCCUGCAGAAGUUUUGAGGCCCCAGCGUGCAAGAGUGUAGGACUCCCUCCCUGCUGUCUGGCCCCACCCCCACUCCCUAGCUGCUCAGAGGCACCUGGGCUGGCAUCUCAAGAAGACCCUCUAUCCUCUGCCUGGGAACUCCCAAGGGGUGAAGCCCCCUGUCUGGGCAGAUUUACUAUGAGGACAGACUGCCAAGCAGCCCAGCCCCCAAGUGUAUGCGGGAAGGUUGAGCACACUGGUCCUUAGAUUUGAGGGCAGAUUCCUACCACAGGGUCGGUGAUAACUGAGAUAUUUAUUUUUGUAAGUAUUUAGCUCUUUGUGUCUUUCCUUUUCUCCCCUUUUCCUAUCUCCAGCGCUCACCUCACGCUCCCCUCCUGUGCUUCCAACACCAUAUCUCUGCCUAUACCUAAGUUCCAUCUUGGCUCUCAACUGUGUUCAUGCAGAAUGGCUAUGUGAGAAGACAGAGAGAAAAACACUAAAAAUGAAAACAGUUGUACAUUUUCCUUUUCCCUAGCUUUGCUAAUUUAUUUAUCCUGAAAUUUCAGGCUUCCAGAGCAAAACAGUUUUAACCGAGUUUAAUAGGUGGUCAUUAAAUUAGUGUUGAUGGGCUGUCCUAGCAAGCAAACCCGUGGAGUUGUUUUGUCUUUGGUUUAUAAAUAACGAGUCUGAGUUUUAUUCUUGUUUUGAUUUGAAUGCAAAAGUAGUAAUUGUUGUUAUGUGUCUUAUGCAGUUGCCUUUAUUACAGUUCAGUUUCGGCAGUGCAGAAAUAUUCUAACGCUUGCCCUAGGUUGAGAGAGAAGCAACCCCAGGAGAUGGGCCAAGCAAGUUCGAGCUGCCGGCCUCAGGCCAGUUGGACUCUCAGCUGCUCUGUUUACUUGUUCACUUGUGUUCCAAAAUAAAAACCCUCCCCUUUUCCUGAGGACUUGGCACUGGGGAGGGGGCCCCACAGGUUGGGCAGUCAGGGCCUUCCUCAUUGUGGCCUUGAAUGUCUCCCACUUCGGAGGGACCUUCCAGCCCUGGCCACCAGUGUGUGGUCUCUGGCCAGGAUUGGAGCCCCCGUGGGAAUAGGAGAGGUGGGGAGAAUACUGGGCCUCGCUCCAUCCAGCUCACCAGGAACUGCAGGGGCUCCUCUGUGCAGUCACGGGAGGACAAUUUUUAUAGACCAUUUCCAGCUUUCUGGAAAACAUGAAAUAUGGGUCAGUAAUAAGUAGCGGGCCCAACCAGGCCCUCAAUGCUCAAGAAACUGAGGAAUUUUCAUUGUAUAAGUUUGUUCUCUGGUAGAAAAGAUUUGGUACACACCACUGGACUCCGCCGCACAGGGUCAAGAAGGGCCUUGGUUGGAGUAAGCUAGGCAUGAGUCAUGCUCCAGUGAAAGGAAAAACUGUGUCAUGUAAGUGUAUCUUUGUAAGGCAAAGGUUUUCCUCUACUGUGUUGUAAACUCAGCACAUUUGUACAUAUUAUUUAUUGGAGUUAAACUAGAACACAGGCAAAACCCUUGCUUAUGAUGUCACUUGAACAAAAUAAACAAAUUACAGUGUGCUCA